UUGUAAAUGAAAAAAGUGAAUAGACACGAGCGCGGCUGCACGGGCUCUCCUCUCUCCCUCGCCUCCUGAUCCCAGCCGCCAGGAGGCCCGCGGCCCGCGCGGCGCUCGAUCCGGUGACCGCCGGCCGCCGGACGACGCCGGUAAUGGCAGCACCCUGCACCACCGUUUCCACCUUAGCUCCCCCUCUGCCCCGCGUCCGCAUGCCCGAGCUCCUCCUCUCUCCCGCGCGCCCGAGCUCCUUGUUGUGCGCUGCCCAGGAGGGCUUGCGCUCGCCGCUCGACCAGAGCCACCGCGAGCUGGGCGUCGUUGCACUUGCCGGCGACCUGGCCGUCCCCUCUGCACCGCCCUCCACCUCAAAUUUGGACGAGCAUGUGUUUGUGUAUGUUCUCAGUUAUUUUUUGCACACAAGGUGUUUGUGUGUUUGUCCGAGCCAGUUUCAGUCACAGAUCCUUAAGGAUGCCAUCUCAGGUCAUGGAUCCACUGUGGCCGCUUCGUCCUUCACUGAGGACCUUCUCAUCCCCACAGAGAUCAGAGGUUAUGACUAUGUCAUAGGUGACGUGCGGAAAGGUGACCAACAAGGAGAAGAUUGCAUGAAGAAUUCUUGCUAUCAACUAGGGCUGGAUGCCCCCAGGAAGAAUACUUCAAAACAGGAAAGGAGAGCAGAGUUCAGGGCAUGUUCAGCUCCAUCCAUGCAUCAAGGGAAAUAUAUACGAGGCAAAGGAAUUACGUGUUCUGCUAGAUGACAUAGUACAAGGUUCAGCAGCGACGACAUGAUCUCAAACAUGGCACUGAGUACAAGGCAAAGUUAUGUGGUGGGUCGGAUGGAGAGCUUGGCGCGGCGAUGUGGCAGGCUGCUCUACAGUGGCACUAAUGGAGAGCUCGGUCAACGAUGACGGGGCGACCGACUGAUCUGCGGCAGCGUGGAAGGAGGGCUCGGCGGUCGACACGGUGGCUUGAUCCGCUGUUCUGCGACGUUUCGGAGAACUUCUUGUACUGGUGUGUGUGUGUAUGCAUAGGUGUUGUACUAUCCUGGGCGCUCACUCCCCCAGGAUCCCACAAGUUUGCAUAGAGCUCGGACGUCGGUGGCGGCCUGGCACGCUAAUCUGCCGCCUCCACAUGAGGAGUCGUGAGAUUAGUGCAUCACAUUCAAAAGUCACCGCUCCGUGAUUAGGGCAUUGCAUUCAGGCAUUCAGUAGAUUAGAAGACAUAUUUAGCUAGCACUGGGAUCCAUCGCCAUUGUAGGGCCUUGAAUCUUUUCAAUCCUUGCCAGGACAGUUCUUGCCAUGGACGACGGGUCUCUCUGUGUGGUCUUGGUCCAAAAGCUAAAAUAGGGAAUAAGAUGUGCCUUGCCGUGUGGAGUGUUGGGUAUCUUUUGCACUUGCUCCAUCAGCUGCAGAAACUAUAGCCCAAAUGCAGCAUACUGCUACUAUUUCAUAUCAUUGAUUGAUGAUUUGUUUUUUCAUAAUUGAAUUGGCGAAUGAUGAAAAGGUGUAAUGUUCAGGGAUUUUUGCUAGAUGAUUUGUUGAUCCAGUUUAAUUUUA